ACUGCAAAAACUAUGUUAGAGGCAUUGAAGUCGUCGGGAACAAUGGUAGAUUAUGACACGAUGGACAGCAUAGUUGUGAAAAACCUUGGUCCAUUUGUUGGCCCAUCCGCAGACUGCACCUCUAACCAAGCCAUUGCCUAUUCAGAGCUUCAAAAGCCAGAGCAUGAAUCUCUUAUUCAAGAGUCGAUAACGGAGGCUGAGGUGCUUGCGAAACAGCUUUCAGAUGUCUCAACUACAGAACUGGCCGUAGAGAUCGCGAUGGUCAAGCUACAAGUCCAGAUCUCGCAACAAAUUGCAGGAUUUGUUCAUGUCCAGACCAAUCCGUAUCAUUCGUACGAUACUGGAAAGAUGGUCGAAGAUGCAACAAGAAUUGUGGGAUUGUUUAAGAGUUAUGGAGUCAAAUCGAACCGACUGUGCAUCAAGAUACCUAGCACAUGGGAAGGUCUUCAAGCUUGUCGUAUACUCCAGGCCGCUGGCAUAACAACGCUUGCCACCACUUUGUUCGCCAUCGAGCAAGCUGCGCUGGCCGGCGAGGUUGGAUGCCACUACGUUGCCCCAUAUGUGAAUGAGCUUAAGGUACACUUCGACAAAGACUUUGUGGACCAGAACAAAGCUAUAGAGCUCUGCUUAGAGAUCCAGCGAUACUAUUCAAGGCACAAGAUUUCAACAUUGGUGCUUCCGGCUAGCCUAACGUCCACAUCUGAGAUUAUGGCUUUGGCAGGAGUCAACCAUAUUACUAUUGCGCCGCUACUCCUCGAGGAAAUUGCAAGGACACCGGUAUCUACUGAUAUUUCUACCUCUAUUCUCGAUCAGAGGCCUGGCCCAGAGGAUCAGGCACUGCCCAGUUUUAAAGAUGACGAAUUGGAAUUCCGUCAGGCCUUCGCUGAACGGAAUAAUGGCGAGGGCGAGCGCAAACUAAAUCAAGCAAUUGAGAUAUUCUGUGAGAUGCAAACGGCUCUGGAGCAGUUGAUGAUAGGACGCGACGAAAGAGCGGUCGCCAUGAAAGAGCGCAGGUGCAGGUAAAAAGGACAUUUGGAUUCGUCCUUCAGAUGCUCUGCCGCGAAGCCAUACCGACGUGGACGGAGUUGCGUCAUGCGGAUGGGGGAGGAAGAAUGCUUCCGUCUCCUAGCGGGCGAGGGCGGUGAAAACUGGCAGAAACCGUAACAGGAUAUCACUCGUUAUUUCGAAGGGCGUCCGGAAACAGAUCUUUCAUUUGAUUGCUCCUACAGUAUGGAGCGGCGUCUGAUUCGGCACGUAUAUGGCCAUUUAUCUGCUUUCCCCAUACUGUCCUGUAUAUACAGCGCAGUACACAUGCUUUCAUCCAGUGUCCUCGUAUAUCCCCACAUCUCAUAUCGCCCCCGUCGGCCUCGGAGACGGAAUCCUUGAAGUCGCGAGGUCAGGUGCCGUUUGAGCCGCCCGGCCCGACCCUCUUUACUGUCGCUCUUUUUUCUGCCCUGCAGGGCUCUCUGCCUCCGGUGCGCGCGUCCCCAUCGCAGAUUCUU